GCGUCCAUCGGUGUGGGGCAGACUGGACUCUCUUCCGGUUCUGUUCAUGUGUUUUGUGGGACCGAACCGACUUUUAGUUCAUAAGAUUAUUUCUUUCCAACUUCAGCUACAGUGAUAGCUAAGUUUGGAAGGGAGGAAAGGGGAGAAACGCCGAGUAUUCUUUUGUUUUUAUCAGUUUCUGUCCGAAGGUUGAACGCGGAGGUAGCCGAGCUGCCCCUCUCCACGGUCACAAAGAAGGAAGAUUAAAAAGCCCCCUGGUUGUUUUUAGUUUGACCCAUUUCGGAAUGGCUACUACUGCAGCUAAGAGAACAUGCUGGGAAACCCUCCAAGAUUUCUUCUCUUCAGCCAAGUUUCUUAUUUACAUGGGCCAUGCUCUGUCCACAUGGGGUGACCGCAUGUGGAACUUUGCAGUGGCAGUUUUCCUGGUGGAGCUGUAUGGGAACAGCCUGCUCCUGACUGCCGUGUAUGGGCUGGUGGUGGCCGGCUCUGUGCUCCUGCUGGGGGCCAACAUUGGCAACUGGGUGGACAGAAACCCUAGACUCAAAGUGGCCCAGACCUCACUACUGGUCCAGAACAGCUGUGUCAUUGUGUGUGGGGUCCUCCUCAUGCUUGUGUUCCAGUACAAAGAGCAGCUCACUGAGCUCUACGAUGGGUGGAUCCUGACCACCUGCUACAUUCUGGUCAUCACCGUCGCCAACAUCGCUAACCUGGCGAGCACGGCGACCUCCAUCACCAUCCAGAGGGACUGGGUGGUGGUUGUAGCAGGCCAGGACAGCAGCAGCCUGGCAGAUAUGAAUGCCACGGUUCGGAUUAUCGACCAGCUGACCAACAUCCUGGCUCCUAUGUUAGUGGGUCAGAUCAUGUCCUUCGGCUCCCAUUUCAUCGGCUGUGGCUUCAUCUCGGGCUGGAACCUGUGCUCCAUGUGCGUGGAGUACGCUCUGCUGUGGAAGGUGUAUCAGAAGACGCCGGCUCUGGCAGUGAAAGCAGGACAGAAAGAGCAGCAGCAGGAGCUCAAGCAGCUCAGCCCCACCAAAGAUCUGGAGAGUGGUCAGAGUCCUGAGGAGUCAUCUCAACCUCUGAUGAAUGAAACUGUGAACACUCCCAACCCCCCCGAACCGCAGGGCUGCUGCUACCGUGUGACGGAGCCCUUGUGCACCUUUAAGGCUGGAUGGGUGGCCUACUACAACCAGAACAUCUUCUUCGCUGGGAUGUCCCUGGCCUUCCUCUUCAUGACGGUACUCGGCUUUGACUGCAUCACCACGGGCUACGCCUACACACAGGGCCUGAAUGGGUCCAUGCUCAGUCUGCUGAUGGGAGCGUCGGCCGUCUCGGGCAUCUGCGGCACCGUCGCCUUCACCUGGAUUCGCAAGAAGUGUGGCCUGAUCCGUACAGGCUUCAUCUCCGGCAUGGUCCAGCUCUCCUGCCUUACGCUGUGCGUUAUCUCUGUCUUUGCUCCUGGAAGCCCCUUCGACCUCAGUGUCUCACCCUUCCAGGACCUGUACACCCACCUGGUUGGGCAGCAGAGCCUUCCAGAGGCGGACCACAGCCUCACCAGUGGGAACGCCACAACGAUGGAACCAGCUGAAGAGUUCCCUCCUCUACAGUCCUACAUGUCCGUUGGGCUGCUGUUUGCUGGGGUCAUUGCUGCUAGAAUUGGUCUGUGGUCGUUUGACCUGACUGUGACCCAGCUCAUCCAGGAAAAUGUGAUUGAGUCAGAACGAGGUGUGAUCAACGGCGUCCAGAACUCCAUGAAUUACCUCCUAGACCUGCUACACUUCAUCAUGGUGAUUCUGGCUCCAAACCCAGAGGCCUUUGGCCUGCUGGUCAUCAUCUCCGUCUCCUUCGUGGCCAUGGGUCACAUGAUGUACUUCAGAUUUGCCUUCAAGAGCCUCGGCAGCCGCCUCUUCCUUUGCUGCUCACCGGAGCAGAAGGUGGAGACGGAGGACAGCCCCUCACUUCCGACCACCGUCUAACCCUGUUAAAGAGACUCUGUGCUGGGUACUAACCCCACCCCACCCUGCAUCUUAUUUCUCCAACUAACACCACAGCUUGUAGCUGGUAGAGCGCUGAUGCUAACCAGUGUUGCCAUGGUUAUUAACAAAGCAUUUGCAGAGGGAGCGUAGACGGCUUUUAGUCACUAGUGUAGUUUUAGAUCAGGUCAGGUUCCUGUUAGAGCUUCUGCUCCUUAACUCAGACAUGUAGUCCCAUCGAGGGUCCAUCAUGGCCCCUCCUUGUGACCUCAUGGUGGUGGUGGGCAGAGCUCUGUAGAACCUUCUCCCGUUAGCUCAGCUCGAGCAGUAACAGCUCUCAAAUGGUGCUUCAGCUACGAGCUGGUAAAAGAGGAAGAAGCCGGCGCUCCCGACGGCGGCACCGGCGUCAGCUCCGCCUGUACAUAAACACGAGCAGGUCGGAAACGUUUUACUAACCAAACACAUAACUAGUCUCUUUGUGGUGAUGAGGGUUACACGUUUAGCUGUAUUUACUCAAGACGGUGGUUUUUAUAAGAACUUUAUCAUCAGUAUUGUGUUUUUUUUACUGUUGUGCCAAUUGAAACACUCGAGCGUCUACGCACCGUUACGACCAAAGUCUAUCAGCGUUGUGGUUCAAAAGGAAGUGAGGGAAACGGUUCUCUGAAGCGUCCCGGUGUGUUCUACAUCCGGUUUCUUUACCUGCUGGGAGACAAAAUUUAGCUUUUCUGUUUAAAUUGUUUUCAUGUUGAGUUCUCCAGUGAUUUGAUGUUGUGAUUGUCUUUACUCAGGCACUUUAAGUGAUUGACACCUGUCAUUACACACGGCUAAUGCGUGAUCAGGCACUAGUUCAAUAUGUUUUUGCACAAGUUCCUACUCCUGACCCCCCUCCACUAACCCAGCCAACACAUUCUCCUCUCCCUCACGUGUCGUCUGAGAGGAUUGUGGUUUUAAACAAAAAGGCACAUAUUGUAACGCUCAGCACCGCAUGUGCAGGUGGAAAAACCUCAAUGGGUGAGUUUACCUUGGAAACCACAUUUCCUCAAAAAUCAGUCAGUCAGCAAACCAGCCGACAACUCGCAGAACGCCGACCACAGUCGGGUUUUUGUUCUGCAGCAAAAAUCUGGACUCAGUCCUGCUUUCUUCACAUUUUCUUCCACUUAUUCAGACUUUCUUGUGAUUUUUUUAACUUAACUGGCAGGUCAGUAUUCCAGUACAGAACAUUUGAAUAAAAAAAAUGCAAAGAGAAAAAUAAUCUUAUUCCUGGAUGAUAUUCUGGUUUGAAAACAAUCUAAAACACUUCCUGCCAUUUUUCUGUUUUCAGUGAGAAGAAAAUGUUUGUUAUGUUGCAACACUGGUUCAUCUUUUGAGUUCAGAAGCAUUUUGGUGCCUGAAUGACUCAAAGGUCAGAGUUUAAGUAGCUUAACAAACAAAAUCAUCAAUCAGGCAAACUUUAACAGAUGACCAGAAAGUCUGGCUGCUUGAAGGGGAAAUGUAAAGAGCACCAAAUCAGACCUUUACCUAAUGGAAAGUCAUCCAAUCCAGACCAAAUCUCUGCUUUUCAUUUUUCCUCUCAUGUCUGUUUAUAUCUAAUUUUAUUGUUCUACCAGGAGUAUCUGAUGUAGCUUUAUCUUCUUUAAUGAAAACGUGUCUUGACGGCUGUUUAACGCACACAUGACCAGCCAUUGUGUCCUUAAACCUUAAAUAAUUCAGAUACAUGUAACUUUUACUGUUUUAAAUGAAACCUUGGAAUCUAAUUCAGGAAUUUCACUCAUAGCCAUUAAACACAUUUAGACUGACUAUUGUAGGAUAAGGAAAUAUAUUAAAAGGUGUGUUAUUGUUUGCCUUGAAACUUUUUGAAGUGGUUUUAUAUUUCUUAUUGAGUAUUUUUGUGGAAAUUUGUUCAUGAAGCUCAUCUGCUAUAAUCUGACGAACGUUUCUUUACAUUUAUACAUGUUUAAAUAUAAAUAUAUAUAUAUAUAUAUAUAUAUAUAUACAUACAGUAUUGUAGUUUGAUAAGUAAAGCUUGCAAUCGUGAAGAAAACCUAUUUGCUUUUGUGUAAAAAAACAAAUCACACUCCAGGAGAAAGGACGUGGUACUGCAUGUUAAGUCUGGAAUAAAGAAUUUGCAACAAGG